AUGGAUGCUUCAGAAGAAUUUUUAGAUGUAUGGGAUUUAGAUUAUUCCUCUUUAUAUAAAUAUGAUAUGGAAGAAAUAAGAGUAGAAAAUGAUUUAGGGUCUAGUAUUUUAAAAUCGGAUGAUAGUUGUGGAGAAACAGAGGAUUUGGAUUCGGAAAAAGGGAAAAAAGAAGAUUCGUCUAAAGAUGGAAUAUUUGAGUUUUCAUCAAAAGACAGCAGUUCAUGUUCAGAUGAGUUUUUGUUUGAGAAAUAUUUGAAUAAGAGUUAUGAAAAAUCUGAUAAUGGACAUGAAAUGGAUAAUUUGUUAAAUUUUGAAGUGGGUAGUUUUUUAGAAAUUGAGGGGGUAGAGAAAGAUGUAAAAUUGGAAGACAAAUCAAAUUCUAGUUCGUUUUUUUUUUCAUCAUUCAUUGAUUAUUAUUAUACGAAAAAUGAGAAUAAAGAUAAUAUUUUUACAGAAGAAAUGGAAUUUUUGGAUGAAUAUAUCAGAGAAUUUGAUAAGGAAAUCUUAAAACGCAGUACAUCUUCAAUUUUGAAUGAGACUAACAAGUCUUUUGCUAAAAAUAAUAUUGAACAUUCUUUAGAAAUUCCUAAUAGAAAUAUUCGAAGCUCUUUAAAAAGUUCAUCCAAUUCUGAUAUAGAUUUUAAGAAAUCAAUUAAUUCUGAAUUUGUUCGACUAACUGAAAUGCCCACUUCUUUUUGCCAAAUUGUAACGCCAUUCAGUGAUAAAGCAGAUAUUUCACAUCAGCCAAAAAGUUCUAAAACAUCUCUAUCUCCAAAAUCUCGUAAUUUUAUUUUUGGGGCUUCUGAUCUGGGUUCUAAAACGAUAUCUCCUACAGAACUUAAAUCUAUUAAAAAUAUGUAUGGAUUAUCUUCUUCGAAUUUUUUAAGUAAUGGUGUUUCAUGCUCUUAUAUAAAAGAUCUACCAACAAGGCUAUCUGUAAUAACUCGAAAAAUUACAGUAUUAGAUAAUUCUAUUCCCCCUGUACCUCCUAUACCUGAAGGUAUUUCUAAUUAUCAAUAUUCUAACAUAGGAAUAUCAAAAAUUGUCGAUAAAAUAUCUGAAAAAUCAGAGGAUACUCAAAAAGAUAAUGGCAAUAAUUUCUAUACUUUUUCAAAAAAAAAUUUAAAUAUCGAAUCAGGAAAAUGCCAAAAUGAUGUUAAGGUUGUUGAUGUUUCUCCAUCAAAUGCUUGUAUUUCGUCAAGUUCUACAUCUAGUGAAAUUAAUUUAAUUGCUUCAGAAAAUAAAAACGAAGAUAUCUCUAAAGAUUUUUCAAAAACCUUUUCUCCAUCGUCUUUUUUACCUAAAUUUGGUUUUAGAAAGAAUAAAGGCAUGAAGAAUUUUCGUAUUACUUAUACAAAAGCUCCUAUUUGUUCUGAAAACUUAAAGUUAUGCUUUUCUGAUGAUCAUUCUCAUUCAAACCAUACUAAUUCUAAUAAAAAUACAUAUAAAGGGCAAUCAUGUUUAUAUUCUGAUUUUAAGUAUGUUGGUUUUUCAAAAAAUGUUCAAAUUAAAAGUUUUUUGCCCAAAUUAAAGUCUAGUUUUGAAUGUUUAGGUGGAAAAAAGUCAAAAAUUAAUAAUUCAAAUCCUCUUUCAGAAUUAGCUAUAUCAAGAAUAUCACCAGGAUCUAAUUCAUUACGUAAAGUACAUAAAACCCCUUCUAAAAAUAAAGAGAGUAUUCCAUGUAAUGAAAAUAUUUAUUGUUCACCAGGGUUGUGUUCUACUAAUAAGUGUUUAUAUAAUAAUGAAUCAAAUAGGGAUUUAUUGCAAUCAGAUUUUGAUUUUAAUCAGUUACAUAUUGAUGAUAGUGAUAUUAUAAAGGAUGAAUUGGAUAGAUUAAGACUCAAAAGAGAGAAGAUUCAGGAAAAUAAGGAAUCAUCAGAUUAUUUAUCUGAUGAUAAAAGAUCUCCGAAAUCGGGAGUAGAAAGGAAACUUAUGAACUUUGAUGACAUUAAAUUAUUUUAUCAUUUAUUAACUUUUUACGAGAUGGGAGAAAUUAACAAUUAUAUAGGGUCUAUCUAUUUUAUUGGUCGUCCAGGAAUAAAGAAAAGAGAAUUUUCUACUUCAGGUGAUAAUGAUCUUGGGUAUGAUGAUGCUAGAGGAGAUUAUAUUAUUAUUAUAGGUGAUCAUAUUGCAUAUCGUUAUGAGAUUUAUAGUAUUCUUGGAAAAGGAAGUUUUGGUCAGGUUAUUAAGUGUUUUGAUUAUAAAAUAGGGCAAAUAGUUGCUAUUAAAAUUAUUCGAAAUAAAAAGAGAUUUCACUCCCAAGCUUUGAUUGAGACGAAAAUACUUAGAAGAUUAUCGGAAUGGGAUCCUAAUGAUGAUUAUUCUUUUAUAAAAUAUAUUGACCAUUUUUAUUUUCGCGAUCAUUUGUGUAUUGUUAUGGAAUUGUUGGAUAUAAAUUUGUAUGAGUUAAUAAGAAUAAAUGAUUUUAAAGGAUUUUCUCUCCCAUUAAUUAGAUGUUUUACAAAACAAUUGCUUCAAAAUUUGGUUUUUUUGAAAAAGCAUGGUAUUAUUCAUUGUGAUUUAAAGCCAGAAAACAUUCUAUUGUCUCAUGGAAUUGAGCCUAAUAUUAAAGUAAUAGAUUUUGGGAGUAGCUGUUUUGAGAAUGAAAAAGUUUAUACAUACAUACAAUCUAGAUUUUAUAGAUCUCCUGAGGUUAUUUUAGGUCUAAGUUAUGGAAUAUCAAUUGAUAUUUGGAGUUUGGGUUGUAUUUUAGCAGAAUUAUAUACCGGGUAUCCUAUAUUUCCUGGAGAAGAUGAACAAGAACAACUUGCAUGUAUAAUGGAAGUUCUUGGUAUUCCUGAAAAAUAUUUAAUAGAAAAGAGUUCCCGGAGAAUGUUAUUUUUUGAUUCAUCUGGAAAUCCUCGUUUUUCUGUUUCUUCUAAAGGAAGACGAAGAUUUCCUUCUUCGAAAACACUUUCUCAAAUAGUGAAAUGCAAUCAUAUAUCUUUUCUUGAUUUUUUAUCUAAAUGUUUAUUAUGGGAUCCAGAAUAUCGUUUAACACCGGAAAAAGCACUUGAACAUGAAUUUGUAACAAAAAUUGGAAACAUUUAAUACAGUUUGGCAAACCAUUUUUUACUUGUUUUUUUGGAUGAUUUUAUCUUGGUUUCUUGG